CACGUUUUCACUUCCUUCUUUCCUGCCUCUCCUGCAUUUUACCGUGAACCCUCUCUCUUCACACCCCUCUUCCACCAAUAGAUCCGAUAAUGGCUGCCAGCCCUCAGAAAGAUGGACUCUUUGUCCAUGACAACACGACCGCUCCAGCCCACCCCGGCUUGCUGAGCAUGUUCUCACUGAAGGGCAAGACUGCCAUCGUUACAGGCGCCGGUGCUGGCAUCGGUCUUGCUGUAGCUAUUGGCCUGGCUGAAGCCGGUGCAAAUGUGGCCAUGUGGUAUAGCAGCAACCCCAGCUGCAUUGAGCGGGCCGCGGAGAUUGCCUCCAAGUAUGGUGUCCAGGCCCAGGCGUACAAGGUCGAAAUCACCAAGCCCGAAGCUGUGCAGGAGGCCGUUGACCAGGUCGUGAAAGACUUCAACGGCCGACUGGACGUUUUUAUUGCCAAUGCCGGUGUCCCUUGGACUAAGGGCCCCAUGGUUGACGGUCCGCUGGACCACUACCAGAAUGUGGUCGAUGUCGAUCUGAACGGUACCUUUUACUGCGCCAGGGCCGCAGCAACCCACUGGAGGAGACAGAAGGAGGAGGGCACCGAUAUCAACGGUAACGCACUCAACAACUUCACCUAUGGCAGCUUUGUGGCCACCGCUUCCAUGAGCGGUCACAUUGUCAACUUCCCUCAGAUGCAGGCAGCAUACAAUGCCUCCAAAGCGGCCGUUAUCCAUCUCUGCAAGUCGUUGGCUGUUGAGUGGGUCAGAUUCGCACGUGCCAACACCGUCUCCCCGGGAUACAUCGCAACAGAGAUCUCGAAUUUCAUCCCAACUGAGACUAAGGCCGUCUGGAAGGAUAAGAUCCCCAUGGGUCGCGAGGGAACACCCGAGGAGCUGAAGGGCGCGUAUCUGUACCUGGCAUCGGAUGCAUCCAGCUACACUACUGGAGCAGACAUUGUGGUUGACGGCGGCUACUGCGCCCCGUAAGCUUUUGAUGAUAUAGAUGGCAUUUUAUGAUCUGUACAUUUGAACUUGCAGCGGUACAUAUGAAAGAUAUAUUACACGAUAGACGAAAUGAACGACUGGACUUCUUCGCG